GACGUCACAUCCAAGCGACUUCCGCGCGCUAUCGAAUUGAGAGCGCUGGCGGGGAAAGCAAAAGGUGCAUUAGUUAAGAGGAAAAUUACGUUCUUCUUUGGAUAAUUGAGCCUCACGGCACCGAUGUUUUCUCCGCGUUCCGGCCCGAGUUCGGCCCGCCGGCAGCAGAACAGAACCCCGGCCAGGAGAACGUCCAGCAGCCUGCUGCUCACCCCGCGGAGGACAUCUCUGUCGGCGAGAGCAACCCCCAGCCGCGAGCAGAGCUAUGCCGCCGCCGAUGGCCUCAACUAUGACGUGCAAACGUUCGGCUCUUCGCUUCCCGUCAAAGUGAUGGAGGCACUGACCAUACUCAAUGGCGAGGAGCGGAUCUCGGUGAAGGUGAGCGAAAGCGGCUGGGCCUGGCUGGUUUACGGAGACAGACUCAUCAUCUGGAAGGUCUGCCAGACGGCCGUGGCCAAGCUGUGCGUGUGCAAAGAGCUGCAGCUGCCCGCGAGCCAGUACGACUACACGGCCGAGCGCGUGGCCGUGACCUCGUCCGGCCCGCUGGACGCCGCCCCCGCCCAGGCCGUGUCCGUGCUGGCCGUGACGGCCGAGGGCGCGGCUCGCUUGUGGCCCAGCUUGUCGCAGGAGGGCAACUACGCCGAGGCCGACCUGGACCUGGGAGACUUGUGCGCCUUUGUGGUGGCGGUCCACGGCGGCAGCUUCGUGGUGUCCUCGGCUAAGAGCCGCAUGCUGCGGGUCGGGUGCGACGGUUCCCGAAGGCUUCAGUACCGGGCCCUGCAACAGGGCCAAGGCGUGUUGUCGGGCAUCGGGCGCAGAGUGUCGAGCCUGUUCGGCAUCCUGUCGCCGCCUGCCAACGACACCCUAAACGGCGUGCUGUGGGUGGGCGCCAGCGGCCGGCUGUACGCGCUGAGCAACUCCCGCCUCAGCAAAUGGGAAGUGGACGAGAGCUGGGAGCAACAGACGAUCAGCUGGGACAUCCCGCAAGCUCUGAACGAGAGCGUCGCCGACGCCAUUUGGGGCUCGGAGGUUAACUACGAGGAGAUGCGAGACGGCGUCAAUGUGACCUUUCUGGACGUGAAGCUCAGCCAGCUCGGGCUGGUGAUCCUGGCCGCCGCCUGGCACCCGUCCGACACGCCCUGCGUGGCUUACUUCUGCCUGGUCACACUGCAGGACCUGGGCGCCGCCAUCUCCAAUCAGUUCACCGUGGAAGUCACCAACUAUAAUCCCCCCUUCCAGAGCGAGUCCGAGCUGCGCUCCACGCGACUCCUGUUGCCACCUUCUACCGGCGCCACCGCCUUCCUCUACAACGAGGAGCUCGUCUUCGCCUGCUCCACGGGAAGCGGCAGGGCGGGCCCCCCCGACGAGAAGAUCCCCUUCAACGACUCCGGCGACGCCAUACGCGGCGGCGGCUGCUGCGCCAACCUGCCCGUCGUCUUCUCCCAGAAUAGCGGCCUGGUCGCCGUGGUGGCCCGGGAGAGCGCCUCUAUCCUGCCCGAGACCGUGGAGGAAUCGCUGUGUUCGUCUCUGGCGGCGGCGACGCCAGAAGUGUCCAUGAUGGAGCAGCCCGGUCGAGCGGAUCCCGUAGCUCAAGAGGACAAACCCAAGCGCUUGAAGGCGGCAUUCUUGCAGUUCUGCCGCAACGACCUCCUGGGCGCUCAGGCGCUUACCAACGAGCUCUUCCCGACCGGCGACGAGGCGGUGGAGAGCGGUGAGCUGGACGCCAUGGUGAUCCAGAUGAACCUGGACCUGCUGGACGAUUACCCGGCCUCGGACCCCCGCUGGGCUGAGUCCGUGCCUGACGAGAGCGCCGGGUUCCCACUGACGUCCCUCAUCAUCCUCCAUCAGCUAGAAGAUAAGAUGAAGGCCCACAACUGCUUCAUGGACUUCCUGCUGCGGGUGGGUCUCCUGGAGCGUCUCGGCCGCUUUCGGGUGCGCUCGUCCCCCAUGGCCACGCGGCUGCUGCUGUGCGAGCACGCCGAGAAGCUGCAGGCGGCCAUGGUGCUGAAGAACCAGCACAGCAAGCACGGCGAGCUGGUCAACCGGGCCAUCGCCACGGCGCUGCACAGGAACGACGUCACCAUGCCGGCCGGCCUCACCGGAGCCGACGUCUUUUUUCGAGAGGUUUCGCAAAUCUCCACCAUCUUUGAUUGUCUUCUGGAAGAGGAGGAGAGGAGCUUGAAGGAGAAGCCGGUGGACUCGGUGCAAUGGGCCGAAGUGGUUCUGACCGUCAACGUCAUCAUCAAGGAUAUGCUUCAUGCUGCGGGUCAGUACAGAGAGAGCAAAGCCUCCGUGUACCGAGCGUCUGAACGCGCCGACGUAGACGCCGAGUACAUCCCGUGGACGGCGGUGGGCGGGCCAGGAGGCGUCCGCACGGUCAUCUCCCGCCAGCAUGAGCUCAUCCUGCACUCCGUGUACCCCCACGCCGACUCGGAGCUGCGCGGCCUGCUGUGCGAGCAGCUGGUGGCGCUGUUGGACUUCUACCUGGGCGGCUACGUGGCCCAGCUCAACUCCCUGAAGCGGCAGCAGGGGCAGGAGCGCUACAACAGCCUCGAAAUGGAGUACACUCAGCGGCGCAGCGAGCUCCUGGCGCCACUUUUGGAGCUGGGUCAGUACCAGUGGGUGGCGGCGCUGGGCGAGAAGUACUGCGACUUUGACAUCCUGGUCCAAAUGUGCGAGCUGACCGACAACCAGAGCCGCCUGCAGCACUACAUAAGCAAGUUCGCGGACCAGAACUUUGCCGAUUUCCUGUUCCGCUGGUACAUGGAGAAAGGCAAGCGAGGGAAGCUUCUGUCCCAGCCGGCCGCUCAGCACCAGCAGCUGGCCGGGUUCUUGCAAGCGCACCAGCACCUCAGCUGGCUGCUCGACAUCCACGUGCAGCAAUACCACACCGCCCACGAGACGCUGUACAAGCAGGCCAACGUGGAGACGCGCUACUUCGCCAAGAAGAAGACUCUGCUGGCGCUCAGCAAACUAGCGGCGCUGGCGGCGCAGCUUCCUGAGGAGCAGCUGGCCAAACAAGUCGACGAAAUUGUGGAGCAGGAGCGCUUCUUGCUGCACCAGGAGACGCUGCCCAGGCAGCUUCUAGAGGACAAGCAGCAGAACCCCGACACCAUGCCCCUACUCAGCGCUCACCAGCUGGUUCAGCUUUACAUCUGCGACGACAACCGGAGGGCCAACGAGUACGACUUCAAAAAGGCUUUGGAUCUCCUCCAGUACAUCCACGAGCAGGAAGACGAUAUCAACAUCCACUCGCUCAAGUGCCAAAUUUUGGGAACCGUUCUCAGGAGAGACGAUUGGUCGUCUGUCGACGGCAACGACGACCCGCUGGAGGCCGCCAAGGACAGCGUCUUUGUCAAGAUCCUCGGCAUGCUCACGCAGGAAGGUGUCCGGCUGCAGACGUACCUGCCGGAGGUCAAGGAGCUGCUGGAGCUGGACGAGCUGAGCGCUCUCAGGUCCAAACCGUACUUUGAGUUUGUGUUGCGGGCAAAUUACGAACAUCACCUACAGGCGCAGAUGUGAAUGCCCGCUUUGAAAUUCGACCUUCAAAAAAAUGCUUGACGUUCGGCCACACUGAAUACUUUCUGGUUUUUCCUCAAAAUCUUUUGUAUAGUAAAAAUAAAACAUAAAAAAAAAAAAUACUUUUUUCUUUUUUGUGUAGGGAGAAAAAAAACUCAGCAUUUUAUCAAAAUGUCUUUUAUUUCCGGUGGAAUGUUGCUGGAAUAAAUAAAAGCAGUGAAACAUU